AUGGAUAAGGGGGUCAUAUAUUAUAUUGGCAGAGAAGAUGGAAGACAUGAAGAGGGAGUUGGAUUUUAUAUAAGUAAAAAGAUAAACACUGCUGUUGUGGAGUUUGAGGGUAUAAGCAGCAGGAUAGCAAGAAUAAGGAUGACUGCUAAAUGGUUUAAAAUCACAGUAAUAACAUUGCAUGCCCCUACAGAGGACAGUGAAGAAGAUACCAAAGAUAGAUGGUAUAGUGAAGUUCAGGAGGUUUUAAACAAAGUACCAGGGCACGAUAUGCUGAUAAUAUUGGGAGAUAUGAAUGCUAAAGUAGGUAAAGAAAUAGCAGCUUUUAAGGGAACUAUGGGCACACAUAGCUUACAUGAAAAUAGUAAUGACAAUGGGAUUAGACUGGCAACACUAGCCACAGAAUACAAUUUAGUAGUAGGAGGCACUCUGUUCCCACAUAAAGAAAAACAUAAGGGCACUUGGCUUUCACCUGAUGGAAAUACAACCAAUCAAAUUGAUCACAUUUUAGUCAAAAGGAAAUUUAGAUCAGCGCUGAUGGAUGUGAGAGCAUACCAGGGAGCAGAUUGUGAUUCAGAUCAUUACAUGGUGGCAGCAAAAAUACGUAUAAAAUUAACAACAAAGAGAAAGAAUGGAAACAAGAUUGCAAUAUCAGGUUGA